AUGGCAGAAAUUGCAGUAAACUACCUACUUGACAAGCUCAAGAACUUUCUAGAGGAUGGGGUUCAAGUCUUGGGAGGUACCGAGGAAGACGUUAAUUCGGUGAAGAGACAAGUGGAGUACAUAACGGCAUUCCUGAGGGUUGCAGAUUCCCUAGAAGAGAGUGAUGAGGAAGUCAAAAUUUGGGUGAAGCAGCUGAGAGAAAUCGCAUAUGACACUGAAGACGCUCUUGAUGAGUUCAAACUUCUGCUGGCGCAUGAUCAUGGAAUUGGUUUUCCCGGGCUUCUAUCCAAGUUGUCCUGCUGUAUCAAGAACAUGAAAGGUCGAUACCGAAUUGCUUCGGAGAUGAAAUCCAUCAACUCCAGAAUCAGGAACAUAUAUGAUGGACCCUGGAGAGUCCGAGACAAAUUAAAUAAAGUCGAACAUCACUAUGGCUCUAGUAAGCCAGACCACACAUGGCAGGACCAGCGAGGUAAUGCCCUUCUUUUGGACAAAGCUGAGCUCGUGGGCAUCAAUGAACCGACAAAAAAACUGGUCGGCUGGCUGAUUGAGGGCGCAUCCAUGCGGGAAGUAAUCUCAGUCGUGGGGAUGGGAGGACUGGGGAAAACUACAAUAGUGAAGCAAGUUUACGAAGAUCCAGAAGUGAAGAAACAUUUCAUGGUACGUGCUUGGAUAACUCUUUCUCAAUCUCCAAAUAUAGAAGAGAUCCUCCAAGGCAUGGUUCGACAAAUUAUGAUUAUCAAGGAUUUGCUACAAAAAGCAAGGUACCUGAUCGUUGUGGAUGAUGCAGGGCGAUUAAAUGAAUGGGAUGCGAUCAAACAUGUGUUCCGUAACAACACCUGUGGCAGCCGAAUAAUCAUCACAUCUAGGAAUUCUGAUUUAGCACAUACCUUGUGCGGGGAAUUCAGAGGGAUGGUUUACAAGAUGAAGCCACUGCCAGCUAUACAGUCAUAG